AUGUACAGCUGCACACCCGGAGAUCCUGGGUUCGAGUCCCAGGUCGGGCCAAGUUUAGUUAUUGAGUCUUCCUGUAUAGUAAGUCUCAGUAACAGCCCGGAGUUGGGAAGUUGGCGGUGUUUCACCCCCGUGCCUCAGAGAGCACAGCCUGCAACCGAUGCUUUCUUCUUCGUGGUGCCAGAGGACGUCGCGAUGGGUUUCACAGCGUAUUACGGAUUUGCUCCUAGGAUUGUGAAAGGAAAUGACCAUCGCGUCGGUUUUGGCUUCCGUUUCGGGAACCACGCUGAUUUCCAAAUACUGUAUGAAUUCGGUCCCCAGAUAACUACGAAACCUUUAGAAUCUAAACGUCUCCCCAGACAACGCGAAGUGCGACGCCCCAUCUUAGAAUUUCUACUUCGCACUGGCAUUUUAAAGCGAGCAACAUAUCAAUACAAUACUGUGAAUUCCACUGAAAGCUCUAAAGAAACAGAUAUUAUAUUAAAUUCUAUA